AUGCCAAAGGAUUCAUCAGAGACUAAACCUUUGAUUGACCUGUCACAGGAACAACAAUGGGAUAUUAUCAACAAAACUGGUAUUCUUCACAAGGUCAAACCUGACCAAAAGGCUGCUGCCGGAUCUACCACAAAUAAUGAUACUGCUGGCCAAGGUGAAAGUCCAUUCAUGAUUGCUGUUCUGAUGAGCUUUCCCAUGGUCAUGUUUCAUACCACUCUUGACUAUAUUGUACACCAUCAGUAUGGAUUUCUACCCGACUUUACAAUAUCGCACGUUCUGUCUAGAGAACUGCCCAUGUUUCCAGCUAUAAUUAUGUUCAUCUACUUCACUGGAUUGUAUAAACACAUCAAGGCCGUUCAAUGGUUGUUUGCUGUUUUAGCUCUGAUUACUGGUAAUCUUUUGAUAUACUACUCCACCGUUGACGAAACAUUUGGUGCUAUGCUCAAGGCACCUGGUCUAUCGGUGAUGUGGGUGUAUCUAGUGAUUCAAAUGGACCUAUUGCCGGCUUGCGUGAGUCUCCUUGGAAACGUACUGUAUUUCCAUCGAGAUACAAUCAUAUCGUUUAUAGAUCCAAAUAUGUUUACCAACUCCUUUAAACUUACAGCUGCAUUCCCGUAA